AUGCAAAGUGAAUAAAAUUAAGAAGAUUAGGAAUAAAUAAACUAAGCUACAGAGCCUAAAAAAUAUGAAUUUAAGUAUCUUUUUAUUUUAGAAAAAGAGAUUUGGUGUUCAUAAGAAUUAAAAGGAUUUAAAGUUAUAGCAAUAAUUAAAUGUAAAUGGAGGUGAUGUAUUUUCUGUAAGAUACGAUCAAGAUGAUCAAAAUCUAGCUAUAGGUAUGUCAGAAGGAUUAAUACAUCUUUUUAAUUAGAGUAAUAAGAUGAUUUAUAAAAAUAGAUAAACUAAUUCAUACAUUAGAGUAAUUCUAAACACCAGUAACAGCUUUAAGAUGGAGACCAAAUUAUGGUUUAAAGGCAAAAGGGAUAUUAGUAUCAGCAAAUGCAGAAGGACACAUUAUUCAUUGGCAUGCUCAUUCAGGAAAACAAUUACAUAAAAUUGUAGAAGAGAAUAACAGUGUAUUAUGUUUAGACUUCAAUUUUGAUGGCAGUUUAUUCGCAACUGGUGGUAAAGAUUUUUGUGUUAGAAUUUAUGAUGAUGAUAUAAAGAGUGUAUAGCAUAAAUUCUAAUAAGCAGAUUGGUAUAUGAUAUUGAAAUUAUAAGGGGUUAGAGAGGUCAUGCUAAUAGAGUAUUUGUUGUUAAAUUUAUACCAGAUUAACCUAAUAUUCUUAUAUCAGGGGGUUGGGAUGCAAAUGUUUUGAUUUGGGAUAUAAGAGAAAAGUAAUGUGUUGGACAAUUUUAUGGGCCUUCAUUAUCUGGAGAUUCUCUUGAUUUUUCUGUAAAAAGAUAAUUGAUUUUAACUGGAUCUCAUAGAACAGAAAAUUAAAUAUAAUUAUGGGAUUGGAGAACAAGAAAACUUUAUUAGGAGAUUUUUUGGACAGGAUCUUAAUCAGAUGAUAAUAGAUCAUAUUAUAUUUAUGCUACUUAGUUUAAGUAUUACUCAUUUAAUUUUAAUUUAGCAAAACUAAUGAAGAUUUUAUUUAUGCAGGAAGUUCAGGAGUUCAUGAAAUUAAACUUUUUAGUUUAAAAGAUGGUUAAGCUAAGGCUUCUAUCUUAGGUUUACCAAAAAGCAUUCUAACCUUAGAUUAAAUGAAUACGACUGAUUCUCUAGUGUUUAGUGGAAUUGAAGGAAUUGUAAACAUUUUUAAGUCAUGA